GUUUACUGCCCGUACCUACCUUGAGGUAGUGCACAGAUUGCGACCCGUUCUUGUCGCUAAGUUUUGAUCGAGAGCAACGGAUACCUAGUUGUUAAGUGCAAAAGCAGCGAGAUUGGACGACGGCGUGACUUUCAUCAGUUUCGUCUCCGUUGACAAAAUGGAUAUAAUGUGAAGAAGUGACAUUGGAGUAACGUAUGCAGGCCGGGAGUCCCCGGGAUUUCUUGGAAGAGUUCAACCGGCGGGAGUUCAAUCGACGCCCCGGCUGAUCUCGAACCUACUUGUCAGUGAACCACAGUGCUAAAACUAUAAGUGGGGCAGGACUACAAAAUAUGAUCUGAAAAUCCGCCUCAAACGAGUGUUUAGUGGAUUUGAUUAUUUUGCGACGAUUGUGUAAUUCCCCAUCAAACGAAUAACAUCUUACAUAUUUGAAAGCUUGGCUAACCGCAGUGUUUCCACUUGGCAAAAUCAGCUAGCCCGGAGGCUGGCAGCGAGUUUUGAAUCGGAGGGUAUCAGGCCGCCGGUGCCCUGAAUUCGGGAAGACUCCCCGGCUCCGGCCCCCUCAAGCGGGCAGUCAGGAAGAAACUGGCUGGGAAGGGAUGGCCCGGUCGUUCAGCCCGUUCCCAAGGACAAGGUGCUGCGGUGUUUGAAGGAGGGCGAGUGCGGAUAGAGCCCGUGGUGGGUAGCGGUGCUAUGAUGGCCGCCUCCCCCACCGCGUCAGGUGGCUUCACGGCCACCGGGCUGUCGGUCAAGAAAAGCGAGGAAAUAGCGGAUUUGAUAGAUUUGUUUUCCAAGACCCAGUACAGAGCAAAAGAAGUCACUCCACGGAUGGAGGCAAUAGAGAAGCGUUGCUUAGAACUCUUUGGCAGAGACUACAAGUACAGUGUCAUCCAAAACACCAAUGGAGAAGUUUGCGGCCACUACCCUCGGCAAAUAGUCUACCUGGAGUAUGAAUGCACAGAGUUGCAGAAGGACAGAUUUGAGAGCUCAGUGCAGAUAAGUAAAUUACAGGACCUGGUGAACCGGAGUAAGCUAGCUCGCUGUAGAGGCAGGUUCGUCUGUCCCGUCAUCCUCUACAAUGGCAAGCACAUUUGUCGAUCAUCCACUCUGGCCGGCUGGGGGGAGCUGUAUGGACGCACGGGCUACAACUACAUCUUCUCAGGGGGCAGUGAUGACACGUGGAUGGACUCUGAGGAGGUUCCAGAAGAUAGUGACAGUGCGGUCAGGAAUGGGGACUCUCAGCUCUUUGACAAGGUGCGGGGCCACGACAUUAAGCUGCUGCGCUACCUCUCAGUGCGCUACAUCUGUGACCUGAUGGUAGAAAACAAGAAGGUUAAGUUUGGCCUCAAUGUAACAUCCUCUGAGAAGGUGGACAAGGCUCAGCGCUAUGCAGACUUCACCCUGCUCUCUGUGCCUUACCCAGGUUGUGAGUUCUUUAAGGACUACAAAGAUAGAGACUAUACAGCUGAAGGACUGGUGUUCAACUGGAAUCAGGACUACGUGGAUGCUCCUUUGACAAUCCCUGUGUGCUUUACACAGAACUUGAACAUUGACUGGAGUGAAUACCAGUCAUGGGACUUGGUGGAGCAGACCCAGAACUACCUGAAGCUCUUACUCCACAUCAUCAACAGUGAUGAUGAGAGUGGCCUUUUGGUGCAUUGCAUAUCAGGCUGGGACCGCACGCCUCUGUUUGUGUCCCUCCUCAGGCUCUCACUGUGGGCAGAUGGAGCAGUGCAUGCCAGCCUGGAGCCAGCUGAAAUACUCUAUCUGACCAUCGCCUAUGAUUGGUUUCUUUUUGGUCAUAUGCUGCCAGAUCGCCUCUCCAAAGGGGAGGAGAUUUUCUUUUUUUGCUUCAAUUUUUUGAAGCACAUUGUGUCAGAGAAGUUCUCUGCUGUUAGGAAACAGAGAAGGAAGAACUCUCACUUCAAAGACGGUGAUUUCACUGUGGAGGACCUCUGCCAGUUAAAGUCAAGGGACCGCGGCAGUGUCACCAGUCUAGGCAGUGACUUCUCCCUCAUCACUGAGGAGGUCGGGGGAGUGGCCUCCAGUCUCACCAAUGACUCUGUGGACCUGCUUUCCUCCCAACCCCAAGCUUCCAGCUGGAGGAAAGGCACAACCUCCUCCCCUCAGAUGGUAAUGUGGAGUAAACCUGCCCCUCCUGACGAGCAUUUUUCACACCCACUCAGUGAGGCUAGGUCCUCUAGCUCCUCUUCCUCCAACCAUUCAGAACAUGGCUUCACACGCACUGGCAGCAGCCCAUUGGCCGUCCCUGGAAGGAGGUUAGCGGCUGAGUACUCCCGCUCUGGCUCUUCCCUCUCUACGGAGUACGGCAGCUGGCAAAUUGUGUCAGGUUGCGGCAGCAUCCAUGACCACGCCCACUUUCCACCACCUGCUGCCUCCUCUUCCUCUGUGGUUGCUGCUGCCUACGACUCGCCCCUCCCCUUCAGCUUCCAGGACGAGGGACCCAGCGGACGCAUGUGUCCAUUCCCCUCAGAGCGGCAGGCCCGUCUGGAAGCCGUGCGGGAGGUCUUCCUGGCCGCCUACAGCUCUACUGUGGGCCUCAAGUCGUCUGCGCCCAGCCCCUCUGGCGCCAUUACCGGCCUGCUGGAGCAGUUUGCUCGUGGUGUGGGUCUCCGGGGCACCAAUACCAUCGUCUGAGCCCCAACCCACCCACCCUCUCAAUGUGACUUCCGGCCACCCUCAACUCCAACCGUCUUCCAUCCAUCCACAAGCCGCUUGGGGCCCCACUCAUGUGGGCUGUAGCAUGUUCUCUCAUCUGCCUUGAAUCCAGCCACAGACGACUCGCUGCGUCUGGACUUAAACAAUAAAGUGCCAAACUCCCUGACGAUUAUAUCCAGGGGCUUAAGCAUUCAUUUUUACUUUUUGUUUUAGCUUUUAGAUUUUUUUUUAAACCUUACAUGCCCUGGUUUAAUUGUUAUUUUAUUUCUGUUCGUGCUUUUCUUUGGACAUAAUAUUUCCUUGUUUUUGUGGUUGUACAAAUGUAUCAAAUUCAGGGAGCAUUUUGUUUCUGGGGGAAACAGAGUUUAGCCACAGUAUCAAAAAGGGAUAGCUAGGUAGCGCUCUAGCUCUUGAAUUAUAAAUGGCUUAUCUUUCCUCAUCUUUUCUUUUUUCAUGUUUUUUGAGUCAUUGCAAUGACCAUCCUACAUGCAAAAGGCAAUGUGUUUCUUGUUCUCCUGUUUUUGUGCUGCUAUUUGCUCCCCCAAGCAGAAGAAUGAUUUUAAAUAGUCAUAGAUGUUGAUGUUGAGAUAAACGGAGCACUUAAUGUGUUCAAACCGGAAAGGCUUUUUUUUCUCGUCAGUGCAUAAAUCAGCUCAGUAGAUGGAAAUCAGAAUAAUGAUCAGUCUUUGAUGUUUAAUUUAAAGAUGUGAUUCACAGGCCUAAGUGGAAGUAGUCUCAUUUUAAAUGUAAUGUUAUGCUUGGGAUGCUACCCCUGUUUUGUUUAAUUCUGCUUCAUUAGUUCCUAAUUCAAGUUUUUAAAAGGUAGUCUGAACAAGACAGUUUUACUUUCUUAGCUUUUUUUUGUCACCAGUAUGUGUUCAGUAGCCUCCAUUUCCUGAUAAUUUAAGGCCCACCUCUGAUCCCUUUGGUCUAGCCAGUAUAAUCUUUCCACUACGUAGCCUUUUUUCUUUUUUAAUCCACCAGCAGCACUGACACUGUAGUACAGGAGGCAUUGUGAUAGCAGUGUUCAGUUUACAGCUCUGUGACCCAGCAACCUCUUCAAUAUUUUUCCUUAUUCACCUCAUUUCCUUUAUGCAAGUGACACUGGGUGCUGUUUGACCCCUGGCAGUCUGCAGUGAUUUCUGCCCACUUGUCUCACACAUUUUUCAAGAGCAUGUGUCUUGAUACAUGCUCAAUAAUCCAGG